AUGACGGAUGACGAACAUCUCUCCAAGUUGAUUGAAGAGACAAAGGAUGAAGGUGGUCCUGUUAGUGUUNCCGAAGAAAUCAGGACCGUGAGAACCAGGUUGUCGUCAUUGGAAAACUUUGUGACGAACGGAGACCAGUAUGUCGUGCAAGAAAAAGAACAAGAUCAAGCCGAGAGCCUUCCAAGUCAAGAAAAGGAUCGGGAAUUGACGGAUGACGAACAUCUCUCCAAGUUGAUUGAAGAGACAAAGGAUGAAGGUGGUCCUGUUAGUGUUGUGGUACAGUGCAGUUCGAAGCGUACUACGCACACAAGGGAGUUCGAGAAUCAACGACGCUGGAUAGAAUCAAUGGAGUAUGCGUUGAAGAGAUUCCCGUAUCGCAAGUUGGUCGCCUACUCGGACGGUGUGGAGCCUCAACGCCCUUGUGUUUUCUGCGGAGCGCAAUCAGCUCAUUUUUCGGACUCAUGUCCCGUUGUCCAAGAUGCUCGUACACGGAACCAGAUCGUCCAUGAUAGCAAGUUAUGCCGCUUUUGCUUGGAGCAAUGUGGAGACAGGUGUGGCCUGAAGAAUAGAGAAUGCUGGUACUGUGUCGGGGUCUACAACACACCCUUCGAAGACCUCGUCCCCAGUGAGGGGCAUCACAAAGCAUUGUGCCCGAUUCCUGAGGCUAAAGACCAGAUGCACAGACGGCUUGAAGAUGCUCUCCGCGAAUGGCAGGGAAUGGAACGUGGCAACAGAUGGGGUGGCCGGGAGUAUCGUGGAUGGACCACUCCACGAUCCAGCGCUGAGUGGUAUUGA